AUGCAUUUGACGUCGGAUGUGGACGAAGCAAGAUCUGACGAGGUCUUUUUCUUCACACACACGAAGACAACGAACGACAAUGCUGGUGAAGCCUUGGAAGCUAUCCGAGUGGAUGAUAUCAUGACGGUCAAGGCGGAGCCUCUUUCCAUUGACAGAGGACGAUCCAAGCUGUACCAGACCAUUGCCUACAUGUUUGAGCUGGUGAACCAACGAUUCGAGCCCUUUUACAAUGUCAACUAUAACACCAGCAGUGGAAGAGACAUUCUGCAGGAUGUCUUUCGCGCAGAAUCGUCGCCUCAAGCUCGAGCACUGAAUUGGAUUGCCCGGUUCGACCCUCAAACCGAGGCUGUGACGCGCCCGGCAUUGGACGAGUUUGAAACAAAUGCGGAGCAGCAUGCUCGUGUUGGAGAUGCAGUGUUUGGAGGAGACAACCGCAAGUUAUCAUUGUCAGAGCCUACAAUCCAUGAUCGCAUCGUUCAGCCGUACCGGUAUGCCCUGGACCAUUUCGUUCGAGUUUCUGUCGGCAGAACCGGAAUGCGAUUGGUCUGGUGCGCUUCAAUGUGGAGGAGGAGACGAUGA